CGAGCCUCAGCGGGUUGUAGGUGUUGCGGCUGCGACCCCUCCCAGCCCACCGCCCGCUUCCCUGCCCCUCGCCUGGCACCCCUGACAGGGAUUGGAGUCCUGUGCUGCCUGAAAACAGUUGCUGCAUAUAUUGUGUCUAGUUUUUUAGUUGGAAGAGGCUAAGUCUACUUUUUAUUGCUCUUUCCUGGUUGAAGGAAGAAAUCUAUUUUGAGAGAGGUUUACAAAUAGUGUUUGAGCAUCAUGGAGCUUCUAGGUUCUACCUUAACGGCAACUUAUGCCCACCCUAGACCAACACCAACCAACUUCCUACCAGCCAUCAGUACCAUGGCUUCAAGCUACAGGGAUCGCUUCCCCCACUACAAUUUGACCCAUAGCCUGAGCCUGCCUUGGAGACCAAGCACAUACUACAAAGCAGCGUCCAACUGGCCAACCUUGGAUCCGUACUGCACCAGAUCUCAGAGGGUGUCCGAGAGCACCAUGCUACCUUUUGUUUCCAACAGAACCACCCUCUUCACCAGGUAUACACCUGACGAUUGGUACAGGUCCAACCUAACCAACUUUCAAGAGUCCAACACUUCCCGACACAAUUCAGAGAGACUAAGGGUGGACACAUCUCGCUUGAUUCAAGACAAAUACCAACAAACGAGAAAAACCCAGGCAGACUCCACCCAAAACUUGGGAGAACGAGUCAACGACAUAGGGUUUUGGAAAUCUGAAAUCAUUCAUGAGUUGGAUGCAAUGAUUGGAGAGACAAAUGAACUAACUGACAUUAAGAAAAGAUUGGAGAGGGCUUUGAUGGAGACAGAAGCCCCUCUUCAGGUAGCCCGAGAAUGUCUAUUUCAUCGAGAGAAGAGAAUGGGAAUUGAUCUAGUUCAUGAUGAAGUGGAAAAGGAGCUGCUGACGGAAGUUGAUAUUAUUCUGUGUUGUCAAGAAAGGAUGAAGCUGUAUUUGGACAAGGCCAUUGCCCAACUGGCAGCGAACAGAGCCGCCCAGCACGAGCUGGAGAAGGACCUGAGUGACAAGCAGUCGGCUUACAGGAUCGACGAUAAAUGCCACCACCUGCGAAACACGUCGGAUGGCGUCAGCUACUUCCGUGGAGUGGAGAGGGUGGAUGCCACGGUCUCAGUGCCCGAGUCCUGGGCCAAAUUUACCGACGACAACAUUCUUCGCUCCCAGAGUGAGCGAGCCGCCUCUGCGAAACUGAGAGAAGAUAUCCAAAACCUCCUGGUGGUGACGGCCAACGAGAUGUGGAAUCAGUUCAACAAGGUGAACUUGGCUUUCACCAACCGCAUCGCUGAAACCGCGGAUGCUAAAAAUAAGAUUCAGACUCACCUGGCAAAGACCCUGCAGGAGAUUUUCCAGACAGAGAUGACUAUCGAAUCCAUCAAGAAGGCCAUCGUGGAGAAGUCUGCCUUCCUGAAGGUGGCUCAGACCCGUCUGGACGAGCGGACCAGGAGACCCAACAUAGAACUGUGCAGAGACAUGGCUCAGCUGCGGCUGGUGAACGAGGUGUACGAGGUGGACGACACCAUCCAGACCCUGCAGCAGCGCCUGAGGGACGCGGAGGACACACUGCAGUCGCUGGCCCACACCAAGGCCACGCUGGAGCAUGAUCUGGCGGUCAAGGCCAACUCUCUAUACAUCGACCAGGACAAGUGCAUGAGCAUGCGCAGAAGCUUCCCCAGCACCCUGCGCCUGGUGGGCUUCUGCUAGGGGCGCUCCCGGGACCAGGCAGGACCAGGGCGCUGCGCCCGCACUUAUGCAAGGGAUGAUCUGUUCACUUAUUAAAGGAUCGUAUUUAUAGACACGUACUGGGGUCCUGUCUUGGAGAACCCUUUCUUUGCAUCCAAACCUUCAUUCUCUAUGAUUUUACUAGGCUUCUGGGCUAGAGAAAUACAAUGUAACAGACUAGGUUAAGAACAUUUAUUUGUAUUAUUCCUGUUAUUCUGUGUAAUAUGAAUGGGCUGGAAAGGAGAAGUGUAUUUCCUCUGAGGCUGUGGGGACAGAGAUCCUGUCCUGGCAGGUGGGUUUUGAGAGGAGAGCGGUUUCUGGGAAGGUGGUUGUCUGGGUCCUUCAAGCAAAAUGGAAGCUGGAAAAAGUGCAUUUGGACAAUAGUAAGGAGACAGUUUGGCUGUGAUUCCUAAUGGAGGGUGUGUAUGAAGAAAGAGGAUGGGUGAGAUGCCUGGAAAUGUUGGGGGAGGGUUUCAGUUCCAUGUCGGUUGGGGGAACAGUGGGCAUCUCUGAGUGGGGACAUGUCCUUGUGAAAGCCAUGACUCGGCAAGGAGAGUCUGAAUUAGAGAGAUGGCCGUGGAAACCAAGAGGGGAGAAAUGCCAAACAUGGUACAAUGAAUCAGCAGGACUUGCUCACCUCACCUGUGAAUGAGUGCGGAGGGUCCAAAAAGGUGACGAUGCUGGAUGGACCAGUAAACGGGACAUCACUUACAUUGUAGGACGUCCCGCCUUAUCUCAGGGGUUGUGUAUUUUUUAAAAAAACUUUUUGUUUAUUACAAAUGAGAAACAUUUGCUGAACAUCUGUUUUGGAAAAUAGGGAACACACACACAGAACCCCUGAAAAUUGCUAUUUUCACAACCCCAGAAAUAAUCACUGAAGCUUGUUAGCAUUUUAUGGUACAUGUUUCCAAUCCUUUUUCUAUUAUAUGUACAUAUAAAAUUUAUUUGCAUAUAUAGGUAAUAUGUAUGCAGUAUUUAUGUUUAUUUACAAAUAUGUAUAAUGUAAUGCUUAUAUUUAAAUACAUGAUUAAUAACAUUAAUUGGUAAUCUCAUUUCCUUAUUCAAAUGGGUUUCUGUCAUUAGCUGUUAAUACACAGCAUAAUUUUUAAAAACUUUGCCUCAGUGUCUGUAUAAACAAUAAAUACCACUCGUGGAAAUGUCAGAAAAUACAGACAAGGGAUAACAGAAUAUUUGCCUUUCUAUGGCUGAUUUAUUUCACUAUUUUAUCAUUUAUAUGUGGAAUCUGAAAAAUAAGACAAACAAUGAAAUUAAUAAAACAGAAACAGACUCACAGAGAAUAAACUAGUUGUUACAAGUGGGCAAAGGGGGGAGGGGAGGAGCAAAAGAAGGGUAGGGGAUUAAGAGGUACAAACUAUUAUGUAUAAAAUACAUAAACACAAGGAAAUACAGCCUUUAUGUUUUAGUAACUUUAAAGGGAUUAUAAUCUGUAAAAAUCUUGAAUCACUGUCAUACACCUGAAGCUAACAUAAUUCUGUAAGUCAACUAUACUUUGAUAAAAAAGAGAAAGUACAGAUGAACAAAAGAGGAAAACAAAAAUCUCCAAUACUUCUAAACUAACUAGAUGCUUUGAUAUACAUAUAUUUUGUGAUUUUGUGCACAUUUUCCACUCAGAAAUGGAAUUCCGAAUAAAGUAGCCCUUAUAAAGCUGAAA